AUCGUUAUUAUUCUGCAUAUCUUUUCUAUUCUGCGUUUUUCGUCAGUGUAAAGUGCAUAAAGUUGUUUCAUUUGUGCUAUAACUAGUUUAAGUUUAAAUAGUUGCCUAGCAAAAUGUCGUUUACGGGAAAAUUAGCAGAACUGCUAGCGCGGCCAAAUCAAGAUCCAGCUGGCGGUCCGGAAGCACCUUGGUAUCUCAAAUAUGGCUCACGGGUGCUGGGCAUUGUUGCUGCAUUCUUUGCCAUACUCUUUGGCCUAUGGAACGUUCUGUCAAUCAUUGGACUCAGCGUUUCAUGCCUCGUCGCGGGCAUUAUACAAAUGCUAGCAGGCUUUGUGGUGAUGGCGCUGGAGGCGCCGUUCUGCUUUGUCUGCAUCGAGAAGGUCAAUGAUGUAUCGAAAAUGGUGGAUGCCAAGCCCAUGUUCUUUCGGGCGGGCCUAUACUGCGCCAUGGCAGUGCCGCCGAUUUUCAUGUGCUUUGGACUGGCGAGUCUCUUUGGCAGCGGUCUGAUCUUUGCCACCGGCGCAGUUUACGGCAUGAUGGCGUUAGGCAAGAAAGCCUCCGCUGCCGAUAUGCGAGCCGCGGCAGCGCAGACAUCGUAUGGUGGCAAUGCAGCGUCCACGACCAGCGAUCGGGCGGGCAUUGUGAGCAAUGCGCAGCCGUUCUCCUUUACCGGAGCCGUGGGCACCGACAGCAAUGUGUGAUGACGCGGUCGGCAGUCGGAACAGUUGGAUUGUGGCUGGGGUGUGCGGUGAGAAAACAAGACUCAAAACGCAACGCAACGCAACGCAUUAAGG